UAGCACGUGAACAACAAGCUCGUUCAUUGGCCAGCACCUUUGAAAUACAAUCCUCUCGGAACUAGUAAUAUAUUUGUAUUCAUAUAAUAUCGAAUUCCCAGAGUUAAACCAGUAGCGAAAACCUUCCAUCUUCACAAAACCCGAGAGCUAAGACACAGAAAACAAGCUAUAGUAGUUGAAUAAUCAUGUACAAACAAGGACACGAAUCCCCCAAAACAAACCUGGUGUCGUCUACUUGAAUCAAUGUUUAAAUCGGGUAACAAUUCCAAAACGAACUACCAGUAAAUGGAGGAGAAUAGUUAACAAAACUUAGUGAACUACUUGAUAAAUACAACAGUUAACCAAAACGAAGUUAGGAGGUUAUAUUAAAUUAGCAACAGAUCGGUUGUCUACAUCAAGAAGUCCAAAGCCUAGAGGGUUCAAGUUAUUUUGAAAGGGACAACACCCUAAAAGAAAAACCUCACAGAACAACUUCGUAGGUACAACAGAUAUAAUCAAUGACUUACAUGAGAAAAAAAAAAUCAACCCAGAAGAAAAGUAUUUAUUGAUCUUCUUAACAGUGACGAUAACCUAGAAGAAAGAGAAAAAUCUUACCGACGUGCUCGAGAGGAAACUACAAUAUACUAACGAUCCAAGGAAAACCAAACUAAAGUUAGUUUGGAAACCACAGUUAAGAAACUAAGUGGAACAACCAAGUUUAAAUGAUAAUAAUGGAUCUCUGAAACACGUCCACUAAAACAAGUCAUUUUCCAGGGAUACCCUUAAAAGAAUUUUAAGUCUUAUUAAACAGAAAUAAAACAUUCACGAUGUGGAGGAGACAACAUCCCGACUGUUUCUCGGAAGAAGUAAUAGUAAUGGCAGGAGGAGAGACGUUUAAAGUACACAGAAACUUACUGGCACAAAAUAGUGAAUUUUUUAAAGCUCUGUUAAACUAUUCUUAUCCUCACUUGGAUUCUAAAGGAGAGACAGGUGAACCACUGAUUUUACCCUCAGUAUCAGCUUUGGUAUUUUCUGUUCUUUUAGAGUUUCUCUACACUGGACGGCUCAAUGUGACCAACGAGAACAUUUAUGAUGUACUGGUAGCAGCACAGUUACUGAAUUUGCCCACUGUUAUUUUAACGUGUAAAUCCUUGCUAGCCCAAAGGCAACUGGUCGGUUGCCCUAUUCCUUCAGCACCUUCCAGCUUGAUUCCCACUAACUUUUGUUAUUUAGCACAUAUUGGUAGGAGUUUGUCACACUUGAGUUAUAGGUUACCUCAGUAUCCUGUUCCUACUUUUCCUUUUUAUUUAGCUGAUAACCUGAUAUCCUCUAACAACACACCUAACAUUCUCAAACCAAUUCCAGUGUUUCCCCAAAAAGGUUUGUCAAGCUUCAAUAACAUGGAUCAUCCCCAAAUUGGUAACCCAACUACAAAAACAAGAGGAAAGCCACAAAGCAAUAUUAAUAUUAAUUCAAGGAUAACUGGUAGAAAGAGAAGUCUUGUUCAACAACCCACUUACUCCUCUCAGCACACAAUGGAAAAGAAGAUGUUAUCCACCUCAACAGCAACAUCCGUGAAAUCUUUCACCAAGAAACAACAUCCACAGAGGUCACAAGCAACAUUGUGUCUGGAUGAAAACGUAAUUAUUGACUAUGCAGAGUGUGAUGGACCAAUCAAGUUUGAGCGAGUUAUCAACCAGAAUUAUCACUUCCACACGUCUCACCUGACUUCAAUGCUCAAUUUAGAAAGAAAUGAAACCCUGGAAGACUCCUUGGAUGGCAGCUCCAUUCCGCCAACAGACCACUCUAGCAUGGCUUCAUGCACUUCUUUAAUGUCAACACCAAAUACAGAUUCCAGCAUUCCAACAUUAUUAACAGAAAAGACCAAAUUGUAUUUUAAAAAUUCUACACAAUCAAAAAUAUACAACAAUGCAGUUUCAUGUCAUUCGUCAAUGUCAACAGAAAAGACCAAAUUGUAUUUUAACAAUUCUACACAAUCAAAAAUAUACAACAAUGCAGUUUCGGGUCAUUCGUCAAUGUCAACAGAAAAUACCAACUUAGCUUCUGGCAGUUCCUCACUGUCAAUAGAAAACAACAACAUAGCUUCCGGCAGUUCCUCACUGUCAACAGAAAACAACAACAUAGCUUCCGGCAGUUCCUCACUGUCAACAGAAAACAACAACAUAGCUUCCGGCAGUUCCUCACUGUCAACAGAAAACAACAACAUAGUUUCUGGCAGUUCCUCACUGUCAACAGAAAACAACAACAUAGUUUCUGGCAGUUCCUCACUGUCAACAGAAAACAACAACAUAGUUUCUGGCAGUUCCUCACUGUCAACAGAAAACAACAUAGUUUCUGGAAGUUCCUCAUUGUCAACAGAAAAUACCAACACAGUUUCUGGAAGUUCCUCAUUGUCAACAGAAAAUACCAACACAGUUUCUGGAAGUUCCUCAUUGUCAACAGAAAAUACCAACACAGUUUCUGGAAGUUCCUCAUUGUCAACAGAAAAUACCAACACAGUUUCUGGCAGUUCCUCACUAUCAACAGAAAAGAACAACAUAGCUUCUGGCAGUUCCAUGCUGUCCAAAGACCCCUUAGAUGCCAGCUCCAUUCUGCCAACAGACCACUCCAGGGUGGUUUCAUCUUUAAUGUCAACACCAAAUACAGAUUCCAGCAUUCCAACAUUAUCAACAGAAAAGACCAAAUUGUAUUUUAACAAUUCUACAGAAUCAAAAAUAUACAACAAUGCAGUUUCAGGUCAAUCGUCAAUAUCAACAGAAAAUACCGACUUAGCUUCUGGCAGUUCCUCACUGUCCAAAGGAAAUACCGACUUAGCUUCUGGCAGUUCCUCACUGUCAAAAAGAAAUACCGACUUAGCUUCUGGCAGUUCCUCACUGUCAAAAGGAAAUACCAGCUUAGCUUCUGGCAGUUCCUCACUGUCAAAAGGAAAUACCAGCUUAGCUUCUGGCAGUUCCUCACUGUCAAAAGGAAAUACCAGCUUAGCUUCUGGCAGUUCCUCACUGUCAAAAGGAAAUACCAACUUAGCUUCUGGCAGUUCCUCACUGUCAAAAGGAAAUACCAACUUAGUUUCCAGAAUUUCUUUACCCUCGACAGGAAAUACCAACUUAACUUCAGGCAGUUCCUUAAUUUCAACAAGAAACUCAGACUCGUGCUGCAGUAAAUCUGGUAUUACUAAUGAAAAACACACUUUUGAACGGGAUGAAAUGGAAAAGGAUACAUCCACUAAGGAGGUUUCUUCAAGGUACCAUGUUGUGACCACCGUUUCUAAAGCAGACAUACAAGAUUCUUCUUCUUCUAGCAGCAGUAUUAUAUUUCCAGACACAGAUGAUGAAACAAAGACAAAUAGCAGCACGUUUCCUCAUCCAAGAACAAAACCAGGACAUGACAACUCCUCUCUCAUCUACCACUGUGUAUAUUGUAAACACUCUUUCCGCAGUAAGUACUGCUAUGAAAAACACAAAAGGCGCCACAUAAAUCCAGUCAUGGUAGAAGUGAAAGUACCAACAGACUCUGACUGCUCUGUUCCACGACCUCCCGACAAGAACGUAGCUUUUUAUCCCUGUAAAAACUGUGGUUCAAAGUUUCCAAGCUAUUACUUUGUUCACAAACAUAGGAAACAUUGUCCAGGGAAAGGUUUUUCUGAACUACCACACUGCUAAACAUUAAGUGAUUGUUAUGAAAAUAAAAAACCACAGAGAAUCAUCACUCCUGGAAAAAGUCUUCUACCUGAAUAGAAGAAUUAUUAGUGUUCAAUAUGACAUUUCAGUCUGCUUGAUAGUAAUAAAAUCUCCAUUUAAUUAGUGUGUACACAUUCAUAGAUGAGUUUUUGUCACAGUUGAAAGAAAAUUUACUCAUUUCUACGGUAUAAUACAGAAAUAACAUCAUUAUAAAUAAAAGAAGAAAUGCACAAACAGUCAAAAACUCGUUUAUAAUGAUUGUUUCUAGUACGGCUGGUAUGGCAACAAGAAACUGCAUCAUGUAUCUUCACUAUAACCCAAUUAUUUCUAAGCAAAGCUGUUUUGAAGCUCAGGCAGUAUACUACCACUUUAAUAUGACAUUUAAACUAAAAUUGCAAAAAAUUGUUGUUGUUUUUUUUCCAAAAGAAACUAAAUAAGUAAUAAGUACUAAAUAAAUAACAUGACUGUAAAUUAAAAUCGUUUUCAAAUCCCUCUAUUUCCUUGAAGUGAACCUUUCUCUUUCCAGCAAUUGUUUUUUGGCUAAAUAUGUAUUGUAGAAAUCAAUAUCUUAAUACAAGCUUUGCUUAUGUACUGAUAAUAAAGUUUUAAGAACUACUUAUCUCUCAAAUGAAUGUUAUGGAAGCAAAUAGUAAACGUACGCUUUAUUACUGUGACUUUCUGUGCAAAAAUAAAUUGAUUUCUCAUUCCUUACGUCG